AUGCCGGGAGGUCUUCUCCCCCCUGGCGAAGCGCCACCAGACGUAUCGGAGGAAAACGUGGACGAGAGGACAGACGCCCGCAGUGUUGAGCGGGAUGUUGACGCCACAGUGUCGGCGGGUUCCAUGACAUAUUUGCCGCUUCAUUUGCCACCGGAGCACACCACGCCGCCGCGUAUUGCUGGGAAUCCAGACAGAACGGCAAGACUGAAUCGUAGUGAGGUUGUUAGCGUUGCGGUGGCACCGGUGCCUCUCACUGGGGGCACAACAGAACCAACGACAACGGCAGCAACAGGAAUGGAAAAUACAAAGUAUGAGGGGUGGGCGGCGAGACAACUCUCCUCUGAGGAGAUGCAAGGCUUAUCUGGCGAAUUUCUGUCAUUCCUGCAAGGUGAAUUUGACACGGUGUACAAUACUGCCGUGGAGCAGACGAAACAAGGGAAAGCAAAUACUUCCGGCCAAGAGAUCAACGAACUUGUUAUAGCGUAUCGUCAACAGCAACAGCCAGUCUACGAGGCGGAGCUGGAGAGUCGGCGGCAGGAGUUCGCGGUGCAGCUCCAGGAAGAGCAGCGGCUGUUGAGGCAGACGUCGUACCAGCGCCAGGCGGAGGCGCUGCGGGCGCAGCACAAGGAGAAGAGGGCGGAGUACCAAAACCUCCUGGAGCAGUAUUAUGCCUGCCGCGAGGAGGCGCGUGUCAAGUGCGCCUCCCUGUUCUUGCAUCACGACUCCCAAAAUAUGCGUUUCACCUCUACUGAGGCGGCGGCACUCCGCACUCCCGCGGAGUCGAUGCAAAAGGAGCAGCUCAAGCACCUCCGCCAAGUGUUGCAGCAGUUACAGUUAAAAUUGCCCUCAGCUGAGCACGAGGCGCGACGUUGUUCUUCGCGGAGGGAGAUGGCUGUCUCAUCUGCGGCUGCGCGCGUACAGCGGCAAUACAUCAACAUCAUUUCGGAGCAGCAUCAAGAGAUAAAGAUGUUGCAGCACUGGCGCGAUGCGAUGCGGCGAUUAGAGCGAAACGCGGAGGAGAGCAUCGCAGCGAACGCUGAGCAGCUUCGGCAGCGGCAAGAGUACCUGCAGCGCGAAGAAGUACAUCAACUUCCAUCUCCUGUGAUUGCCGCUCAGGAUGGAUCUGUGGCAACCCCGGAGCAGCGAGGGUGUUUUAGGAAGGGCCUUUUUGACGACUUGUUGUGA